GCCACAACGAGGCAGUGGUUGCAAAACAGCACAUUUAAACGGCAGCAAAUGGAUGUUCCCAUCAUGUUCAGUCCUUCCUUUUAAAGUUUUUAAAGAGCUUACUGUAAGUGAUCUCUAACACAGCUUGAGGUGAAUCCAGUUACAUCUUAAACAAUGAAGCGUCUAAAUAGAAAAGGAGCUGUCAACUUUGUAAAAGAGCUAGAUGCUUUUCCUAAAGUCCCAGAGAGCUAUGUUGUAACAUCAGCUUUUGGAGGCACAGUGUCCCUGAUUGUUUUCAUCCUCAUGGCACUUCUGACCAUCUCUGAGUUUCUUGUGUACCGAGACACAUGGAUGAAAUAUGAGUAUGAAGUUGACACAGAUUUUACAAGUAAAAUGAAAAUAAAAAUUGACAUCACAGUUGCUAUGAAAUGCGAAAGGAUAGGCGCAGAUGUGUUAGAUAUUGCUGAAGAUGUGGUUGCAGCAAAGGAGCUGACAUAUGAACCAGUCAACUUUGAACCCUCUGAACAACAGAAACUGUGGCAUCAGGUAUUACAGCAGAUUCAAGGCAGACUGAGGGAGGAGCAUUCACUUCAAGAUGUACUCUUUAAGUCUGCACUGAAAGGAUACUUAUCUGUCCCGCUUCCAUGGAAUGAUUCUGCAUCUUUAUCCAACAACAAUUCCUGCAGAAUACACGGAGAAAUCUAUGUCAAUAAAGUUGCAGGAAACUUCCAUAUCACGCUAGGAAAACCUAUCACUUAUCUCAUGGGUCAUGCACAUUUUGCACCUAUAAUCAAAGAAGAAGUUCAUAACUUCUCACAUCGAAUAGAUUGUCUGUCUUUUGGAAACGAAGUUCCUGGACACAUCAAUCCCCUUGAUGGCACAGAGAAAAUAACAUUAGAGCACAAUCAGAAUUUUCAGUAUUUUAUCACAGUUGUGCCCACCAAGCUUCACACAUCUGAUGUAUCAGUGAACAUGCAUCAGUUUUCUGUCACAGAAAGGGACCGGGUUAUAAACCAUGAAGCAGGCAGCCAUGGUGCGUCUGGCAUUUUUAUUAAGUAUAAACUGAGUCCGCUGAUGGUGAAGGUGAGUGAGGAGCAUAUGCCUCUCUCUGUGUUUCUUGUGAGGCUGUGUGGCAUCAUUGGAGGAAUCUUCUCUACCUCAGACCUGCUCCACAGAUUAAUUGGGUAUUUUGUUGACAUUAUCUGCUGUCGCUUUAAACUUGGACCAAAUUAUUCCAGGGAGGUCCUCCCUGAUUCGCAAGGCACACUGGAGACAUCAGUCGUGGAAGCAUAAACCAAAACAGACAAUUUGUCAUGCCUCUAUUGUUAACAGUCUUGUGGGUGAUUACCAAAUUGUGCGUUUAAGAAGGAGAGAAAAUAAAAAAUAUA